AUGGAUAGUGUCGGUGACUCAGUCCCGGGCGCGACGACUACGAAAGUAAUUAAGUGUACGACAUGUAAUAUUGUGAUAUGUGAACUGUUGGCAUUUAUACAGAAUAAAGUGGACGUGAUGGACGAAGAAGGACUAGUGAGGCUGUGUGUUACCGCCUUCUCGGAGGAGGACAUUGAAACAAGCAAGAAUUUACUGUUUUCGUCAGUAUCAACGCGGCAUCGUAAAAUAUCUAGGAAGAAAACUGGUAAAUCACAGCGAAAUAUAUUUGAUAUGAUAUCGCUUUUCAAGCAAACGGAUCCUGAGCAUGUGCCAAUAUUCGUAGCAAAAGAUUUGCAUAAACUCCCCCCUGUGACAUUUGAUCAUAUUGACGCAACCAGGACGCUAAAAGAAAUAUUGACUAUCCAAAAUGAAAUAAGAAUCAUGAAGGAUACAUUUGUCACUGAGAAACAAUUAAGUGAAAUUCGAAAUGAAUUGCAAAAUUUAAAGCAGACUUCAAUCGUUAAUAAUUUUGAUAUGAAUAUUAACCGCAGAAGAGGCGGUGGAAGUGGAAUUGACAGCUUUUGUUUCGACAGUGGGCCGGUAGGUCUACCGCCUGUUAUAGAAAAAAUGCAAGUACCGACUACCAACGAGAGUGACAACUCUAGUCCAUCUGCCGGUGAGGUACAUGCAUCUCCCUCACCCAUAUGUGUUUCUGGAAUCGCGUGUUCGCUCGCACUCGUUAGCGAACCAAAGCAAUGUGAUGAAAACAUGACGAUUGUACCCGAACGAGACCGAAACGCGCGCGCAUCGAGUGAGUCACAGCGGCCUACGGGUGCAUCGGAUAGUGAGUGGUGCAAGCAAAAAACGUUAGCGGAAAUUUUAACACCAGCGGAAAACUGGAAAAGAUAUAAAGUAGCUGAAGAAUGGCAAACCGUGCAAAAAAAGAGGUCAAGAAAUCAGCUGCAGGGAUGCGAAGGCAAGGCUAUCAUAAAACCAGACGUUAAGUUUAGAGCAGCAGAAUUGGAAAUUCCUCUCUUUAUAAACAGAGUGGAUAUAGCUACUAGGCCAAUAGAUAUUAUUGAGUACAUACAACAGAAGACGAAUACAACUGUUACUUUGAAGAAAAUUAAUAUGGCGAAACAAAAACGCUAUGCGGCGUACAAGAUAUUUGUACCACACACUAAAUUAGCAAUGUUUCUUAAUGAUAAUUUGUGGCCAGAAGGUAUUCAGUUCAGAAAGUUUAUCUAUUUUAAUAGAAAAACUUAUGACAAAAACAGAGGAAAUAGAAUAAUACAUAAUGACAUGACAUUAAAUGACGAUGGAUGUACACCACAACAACAGUAA